AUUCGAACAUCUAUCCAAUCAAUUCUCUUUGUCAGUAUCACUUGGAUAAUCAGAAAUGGCAAAGAGUAUUUACUCUACAGUUCUUCUUCUUGUUACGAUAAUGAUGAUAGAUUCAGUGGUUGUCGACGCAAGGCAUCUGUUAGCUAACACUGGUGGCUUGCUCGGGGGUGCCAGCCCAGGUGGCUUAUUCGGGGAUAAGAACACUGGUGGCACAAAUUUGCUCGGAGACAGCAACACAGGAGGUACAAAUUUGCUUGGGGGUAGCAACACAGGUGGCACAAAUCUGCUAGGAGGAAGCAACACUGGUGGCACAAAUCUUCUCGGAAAUAGCAACACAGGUGGUACAAAUGUGCUCGGAAAUGGCAACACAGGCGGCGUAAAUGUGUUGGGGAACAGCAACACAGGUGGUGUCAAUCUGCUCGGAAACGGAAACACAGGUGGCAUAAACCUGCCCCAUGUCUAAAUAUGCUCGGACGAGAGCGACGAGACGUAGGCGGGUGCAUUAACUCUGUCGUUCUUAUCGUACGUGAUGCCUGAAGAAAGAGCAAAGG